AGUAGGAAGUGUUGUAGGUGUGAGUGUCAACAUUGGAGGAAGUGUUGUAGGUGUGAGUGUCAACAUUGGAGGAAGUGUUGUAGGUGUGAGUGUCAACAUUGGAGGAAGUGUUGUAGGUGUGAGUGUCAACAUUGGAGGAAGUGUUGUAGGUGUGAGUGUCAACAUGGAGAAGUGUUGUAGGUGUGAGUGUCAACAUUGGAGGAAGUGUUGUAGGUGUGAGUGUCAACAUUGUAGGAAGUAAACAAAGAUGGCGGGGGAGGAGUACUUUGCUGCUCAAGGUUCUCUCAAACUUAAAGGAGUAGAAGACUCGGGAAUUAAGAAAAAGAAAAAGAAGAAGAAGAAGGAUAUUGAAAAGCAGAUGGAGGCAAACAUUCGUCGAGAGAUAGAGACUACAAGUGAGCCUACGUCUUCAACCCGCUCCGUAACGCAAGCUGAGCGAAGAUUCAUGGAACGCCGGAGAAAAAUGGAAGCUGAUCGGAUUUUAAAAAAGGCAAGCAAGACUCACAAGGAAAAGGUAGAAGAUUUCAAUCGCCACUUGGACUCUCUCACUGAACACUUCGAUAUUCCUAAAGUGUCCUGGACUAAGUGAAGCAUCCUCUCCUACUGGCUUUUUUUUACUUUUUGUGCCAUUCAAUAAAACUUUUUCCUAAAUAUUUGUAAGUAUUUUAUGUUAGCAAAUAGGUUAUAAUAAUUACAUGACUAGAAAGUAUUUAAUUUAUAAAAAUGGUAUGAAGACUGUUGGACUCACUACAGAAAUGCAUAUUCAGUAUUUUGUAUUAUCAAUAAAGAAUACUAAACAUG